AUGCAGCAACCAGCUUUUUUCGGAGUCACAUACGGUCUCCCAAGCCAGGAUGCAACUAAACUUGAGCGUUAUAUCAAAAAUAUAUUCGAUAAUAUUGACAAUAUACACUCAUAUUCGUAUUAUUCAGCGAUUAAAACAUUUCAAUCAUUUGUAUCAGGCCAAUAUAGAUAUUGGCAAGAAAUGAAUGAAGGCAGUGCUUAUAUUCAAGAGUUAUUUUUGAAUUUAAGCUUCAGUAAAUUACAAGAAAACACUCUCGUCUUUUUAAUCGUAAUGAAUGCCUUAUCUGAGAUAGAGUUAGGAACUAAAGGUGGUCUUGCAACAAAAAUCGUUAAGGAUAUUGCCUUAAUUACGCCAUCACCAAAUGUUCAUGUUUGGCAGCUUCUAGAUCAACUCUUAGUUUGGAUAACAAAUCCACUUGGUGCUUCAUUGCAUUUAACACUACAACCAUUGCGAGAUUUGAUUUGGAAAUGGUAUUUUGUCAAAAAACCGGAAACUCAGAUUUCAUCGCUUAAUCUCUUAGAUAUAUUCAUCCGCCGAUUUCCAUCAUACCUAAACUCGAAUUUUCAAGCAACACAGAGUCUUCUUUUAAGAGCUUUGCAUGAACCGGACAAAGCUGUACAAAAAGCGGCCUCUCAAGCUUUAGGAUCAUUCCUUAGCAUUUCUCAGACACAAUAUGUCAAUCAAUCCAUACUCAUUUCGAAGCAAAUCAUGAAAUCUUUUACGAAUAAAACGAUUCCACUCGAAGAAGGCUAUGUAGUCUCAAUCGCAAAUUGUCUUAGGAGAGAUGACGAUAUCCUUGGUUUUGUGCAAUUCCAAGAACCUCCAAUCAGCAGAAUUUCAUAUACUCUGACAAAUGAUACCAUCGGAGGAUUUGCUUUAAUAACAUUAGCGUAUCACACAUCGCCACUUACAUUUACGCAGCGCCAUAUUAACGCUGUUCUCGACAUCUAUUGCACUUUAUUCGAAUCUACAACUCCUCUUCCAAGGACAUUGUACAAAUACUUCGGCGACUUACUAUUCCAGUUUGACAUGCCUACGAGAUACCAAUACUCAAAACCAAUCGAACGCCUUACCGGAAUUUUGGGAAGACAAAUUUCUGACAAAUAUUCAGUUUACGGAUUCCUUUCUGUUGCUACUCCGAAGACUGAAGCGUUUAUUAAACUCAAAACUACCAUCAGCAACCAUUUAUUUUCGAAAUUAGUCGCAAAUGGCCUCGGAAAGUUCUGUUUGAGGUAUCCAAAGGAUUCUCCUGAUAUCCAUGCAUUAAUUAUUCAAAGUCUCAACAUGAUUUUGCUUACUUGCACCAAUACAACGAAACUUAAACAUUCAUUCAGAACAUUAGCUUGUUUUGAGUUCAGAAGAGACGAAGUAGAAACAGAAGUUUUGAUGCAGUACUCGAAAGCCCUCAAGAGCAAUGACGUAAGGCUCAGAGAACAAACAAUUAAUUUCUUCUUAUCUCAACAAAGGAUUUUCCCUGAAAUCAAACAACGUAUUGUUGCUUUCGUAGCUGCAGAACCUUCACCAGCACUAAGAAACUACACUCUUUCCAACCUUUUGGCGACACCUGUUGAUUCUCCACUCAUCCAGCCAUUGUUUGCACUUCUUCAUGAUGCAAAUGCCGCUGUUCGCAAGACGGCCUUGCAGAAACUCUCAAGUAUCAACAAUACAGAAGAAGCUAUUACUUCAUUUAUCUCGGAAUUAGUGAGAAACCUUCAGAAUUCAGAGAAACUCGAUAAGAGAACAAUUAACAAUCUCUUAAAUGCCGCUGAAUUCACUCCACAAUCACUUAUUCCGUUCAGAUCUUUCUUGAUGGAUGUCGUAAUUAAGUCAUCCAAGCAAUCCUCGUCAUCAUUGAGGUUACUAUCCAAACUAGUGGAUAAAACAGAGACAGAUUCAGUUCUUCCGCGCAUCGUAGAACACAUUUCUCAAUCAUUGACAUUGCAUUCAACGAAUAACAGACUUUCUGCUGUGUUGGAUCUUCUCAUUGCAACACUCAGAAACUCUUCGUUACGUAAUGAUAUGAGAAUUAAGUACUCAAACGUCAUUAUGAAGUUAAUGGCACUCGCAGAUGGCGUAGAAGACAAAGAAACACGUAUCAAAUUACUCGAAGCGUUAACAGAAAUCGCAAUUAUCGGUAAACAUGAGAUGUUGACUUGGUCGAUCGAAACAACUCAAAAUUUGCCAAGCCAACCAGUACCUUAUCCGACAUCUGCUGUUGCAUCAAUGCCAGUACUGUCUGCUUUGUCUGCAAAUACAAGUUUUGGCAUCGUUUUGAACGUUUUAACUGAUUCAUCGCUUGUUGCUUUACAUCCUAAGGCGAUUGAUUCAUUGUUGCUCGUUCUUAAGAGCCAUAGAAUACUGAAUCCGCAGUUCGAAGACUAUUUGGCCAAUGUUCUCAGGUCAAUGAUCUUAGAAGCAGAUAAUUCAGCGACAGUAUCAAUUAUUUUGCAUAACCUUUCAGUUUUUAUCACCAUUCUUGGCAAUAAGUUCGCACCAAUCAUUCCUCCUCUCAUAGAUUUGAUCUGUACAAACUGGGGAAGAUUGGAAAGCGGUUUGAUUUUGAGAGCUUUACAAUGGAUGGCAUUCAGAAUUUCUGAACUAUUAAGUCCAUACUUAGUACGUAUUACAAAUGUCAUUUUGAGCUCAUUGCCACUGUUGCCGGCGAAGGCAGCUGAUGAUGUAUUUUCUAUUUACAUCUCAAUGGGCUCCAUGAUGAAAGAAGUUGACUACAUAUUAGUUCCUUCACUUCUCAACUGGCUGGAAGUCAAUUUCGCUGAUACUUUCCUCAGUGAACAAGUUAUUCAGAAAUUAUUAACAAUUCUGAACGAAGUAGGAACAGAAAGGUAUGUAUCCGAAGUUAUCAGAACAUUGAUUAUCGUUUGCACCCAAAAUAAGUCAUUGCAGACGAAAUCAAUUGAUGUCUUAAUUCUUUUGGCCGCAAGACAAAGGAACGAAUUCAUUUUAUUCCUUCCUGAAAUUGUUCCUGUAUUUAACCUCUCAAACAACUCGAAUAUGGAUAUUAUUAUGAGAUCAAUCACUUCUGGCGUUGAACUCCCACAGUUCAUCACAGAAUCCUACAAGUCAACAACAAGAGAAGCCAAGAUCUCUCGUUGUUCCUCAGCAGCAGCCCUUGAACGCUUUGUUUACAUUAAACCAUCGAAUUUCAGAUUGCCAAAGACAGAAUGGGAUGCAGCUGAAUGGUCCCACUGGGCAGAUGAAGUCGUUCAAGCCAUUAUUUUGUCUUCUCCGCUCAGAUCUUCUUCAGCAUGUGGCACAUUGAGCGAACACAACGCAAAUGUUAGAUCCCAGCUCUUCCCAAUCUCAUUUGCAGCAUCAAUAGCCACAAGUAACGAUCCAGAUCUCCAACAAGCCCUUCACAACAUCAUAAUGUCCAAAGAUGUUCCAGAUUACAUCCUCAAAAACGCUCUAAACUCAGUAGAUCUUCUUGAUAUUGCCAAUUUCAAGGUAGAUCUCGAUAUGACAAUCCUCGCAAACAGAGCAAUGAAGGCAGGAUUGUUACAACAAGCGUUGAGAUACGCAGAAACACUUUACGAGAAAAAUCCAACAGAUAACGUUGAGAAUUUAGUUCUUCUCUACCAAAUGCUUGGAUUUCCAUUCGCUGCAAACGCCGCCUUACGCAAAUUCAACGCUCCAGAACUACACGACAACGUUGCAAUACACUUAGGAUUCUGGGAAGACGCGUUGGCCAGUUACGAAAGGAGAAUUGAACAAGGCGAAACAGGCCAGGACAUCAUCGAAGGACAAAUGAAGUGUUUGACAGGAUUGAACAGAUUCCAAGAUUUGGAAGUCAUCGCUCAGAAGACGGACAACGAGUUCUACAAAGCUGUUGCUGCUUUACACAUGUUCAAUGAUGAAGCUCUCAAGAAAGCUGUUUCUAAACUCGAUCCUCCGAAUGAUUCAACAUCAUUCUAUUACGCGUUCAAAGCUGUUUUAGAUCAGGAUUAUUUGGGAGCUCAGAAAUUAAUUGAAAUGAUGUUGACUCAAAAAGCUCCAAAGAUCACUUCACUUAUUGCAAAUGAUUACGAAAGAGCAUAUAAUCAUUUCGCUGAUUACUGUAUAUUAACAGAACUCUUCAAUGUCACGAAGAUUUUGAUAAACAGAGCUCAUAAUUUCAUUGAUCCUUCCUAUGAAAAUUCCAUCACAAAAUCUUGGAUGUUUAAGUUCGAGCAGUUACAUGAUUCUCCACUCCACAUGCUCGAAAUGUUGAGAGUAGAGAGUUUCAUUCUCGGUCCAGAACAGAUGCAGCCAUUCUGGGUCAAAUUCAUCCAUUACACGGCUAACGACAAAAACGCGCAAAUCAGGAAUUUGGCUUUAGGACACAUCAUCAACCAAAAUGAUACAGAACUUAAGUACACAAUGGCCGAAGUCAUCAGAUACGAAGGAAACCAUCCAAAGAGUUGCCAGACAUUGCAUCAGUUGAUUAAUUUGAGUCCAAACUCUCCAUUGACAGACAAAUGGCAGAGAAAACUCGGCCAAUGGUAUUUGGAAGACAACGAUUUGAUACAAGCAGAAGAGAUAUUGAAGAGAUCAACAAUUCCUUUCAAAGACGAUUCGAACACAUUGUUGUUGUAUGCGAAAGUUUGUUUCCAAUUAUUCGAAGGACAGAGAGACAACGAAUCUUACUUGGAAAGAGCAAUCGAAGCAAACUUAACAGCAUUCAGAUUAGCUCCUGUACAAGCAAGCCAAUACAUUCAACACAUCGCAACAUUGUUGUUCCAAAGAGGACAUCCUAAAGUGUUGAAUUCUUUCCGCAAAUUCAUUCCAAGAAUUCCAACAAGUUGCUGGAUCGAUUUGCUUUCACAAAUCAUUGCAAGAUUAGGUGCAAGUGGCGGAUUGAGACAGAUCAUGGAAGAUUUGGUCACAAGAAUAGGAAAGGAAUAUCCAAACCAAGCUCUUUACGCAUUGAUUGUCCAAUACAGAUCAAAGGAAACAGAGAAACAACAGCAAUCAUCAGAGUUAAUUUCAAAUCUCAGACAAAGUUAUCCAACAGUUGUCAGCGGAAUUUUGAAUUUAACUUACGAAUUGAUCAGAAUUGGAACGAGCUGGUUCGAGAUUUGGACACAAGCUCUCGAAGAAACAUCAAAGAUGUAUGAUCACGUGAAAGCAGCCAAUAUUUUGUUGCCUCUUCACGCUGUCAUUGAAAAACCACCAGAAACAAUGUUUGAAGUUUCUUUCGCUGCACAGUUCGGAAGUGUUUUACUCCAGGCACAUUCACUUCUUGACGCGUUUUUGAAUGACCACGAUGAGGACGCUUACAACAGAGCAUGGUCCAUUUAUGUCCCUGUUCUGAAGAAAGUCAGACUCAUCGUUCAAAGAGUUAAGAACAUCCCAUUGAACGAAGUUUCGCCACUUUUAUCUCAAUUGAAAGGAUCUGACACUGUUGUUCCAGGUCACUUCGAUCAGACAAUUCACAGUGUUGACAAACAAUUGAUUGUCGUUGAAUCGAAGCAGAGACCUCGCAGAGUCACAUUGAGAACAAACGAAGGAAAUUCGAUUGAUUUCCUUCUGAAAGCGAACGAAGACACGAGAUUGGAUAAAAGAAUCAUGCAACUCUUUGAUUUCAUCAACUCCGCGAUCGAGAGAGCUCCUGACAGACCAAGAAGACUCAGAAUUAUUCUAUACAAAGUAAUUCCAAUCACAAACAAAGUUGGUUUGAUCGGAUGGGUCAACAACUGCCAGACUCUUUCAUUAGUUAUUUCCCAGUACAGAGAACCACGUGGAGUUCCAUCAUUGGCUGAAUACGAAGCCAUUGUUAAAGAGUGCCCAGAUUUCGAUAAAUUAAGCGCAACAAUGGAUGACGAUGAAUUGGUCAGAUUGUUCCAUAUUGGUGUAUCAAUAACACCAGGAAAUGAACUUAAAGACGCUUUGUUCAUUAUGUCAUCGGAUUCAAGCCAUUGGUUGAAGAGAAGAGCUCUUUUCACAGAGAGUUUAGCUUCAACAUCAAUGGCUGGAUUCAUCCUCGGAUUGGGAGACAGACAUCCAGCGAACAUCAUGCUGCAUGAUACAACAGCUAAGCUUGUUCACAUCGAUUUCGGAGACUGUUUCGAAGUCGCCAUGAGAAGAGAAAAGUUCCAAGAAAGAGUUCCAUUUAGAUUAACUCGUUCUUUGGUUAACGCGUUAGGUGUCAAUGGUUUGGACGGAGAGUUCACGAAAGCGUGUGAAACAAUGUUAACAAUCAUGCGCGAGAACGGCGUCCAGAUCAUGGCACUCCUCGAAGCAUUCAUUUAUGAUCCUUUGCUCCAGUGGCUCAUGGCAAGAAGCGACGCAGGAGAAAGACCUGAAAUAGAAACAAUGAAGAGAAUUAAAGAGAAAAUUAAUGACGCAAGAGGUGUCAAACAACAGGUCGCUUCGCUCGUGGAGGCCGCUACUGAUGAAAGGAAUUUGGCAAGAAUGUUCAGAGGCUGGUACCCAUGGCUCUAG